AUGUCAAUUUCUAACUUGGAUUCAUCAAGAGAAUCCAAUUCGAAAUCUCAACUUUAUCCUUUACCCAAACUAACUAUUUCUUUAACCAAAACUUUAUCAAAUGAGUUUGCUUUAACGAAUACGACACUUUCGACUUCAAUCUCUUCAGCUCCUCCUCCUGAACGUGAAACUUGGUUAGGUUCAUUUACUUCGGGAAUCGGUUUAUCUUCUAAAUCUCGUAAUACUCCAAACGAAGCUCCAAUCGUGAUUGCUGAUCUGUCUGAUAGACCAAAAGCUGGGAUUCUAUUAAAUUCAGUACCUAAUACUCCUCAAAUCACACCUUCUCAAUCAACUGAUCGAUCAUCUCAACCACCUACUCCUGCUCUAUUACCUCAACCAUCAAUCAGUUUAUCAAGUUCAUUACCAUCCAAAAACUCAAUGUCAUUUCAAUUACCACCUCCUUCUUCUGAUCAAUCCAACACGCAUACUCAAUCCCAUGAUCAAUCCAAUCAAACUCGUCAAGCUCAUUCUCGUAGUCUGACCAUCAAAUUCGCUCCUCUACCUGAUCCUCGCUCUAUGAAACAAAGAUCUUAUUCAAUGGGUGGUGAUCCACAUUUCAAUCAUGAAACUCUACCUGAUGGUUCGACCGGUGAUCCUCCCUCCGCACUUCGACCUAGAGAUUUAGAUCCACUUCUGAUCAAUGAGAAUCACCCAUCAGAUCAUCCGUCCCUCAAUUCGGCUCAACCUUCUUCUUCUCUUCAACCCGCUUCUUCAACCGAGAAUCAAAGUUUUUCAUCUCAUACAUCCGGUCCUCAUCAAUCAAUCCAACCUAUCCAUCCUUCCAACUUACUCAACUCACCUGGUCCAUCAGCUCUCCAUCAGAUUCCUAAUAACACAAUCUAUCAUACACCUACUGGAUCGACUUCAGUCUCAUCACUAGCAACCUCAUCGUGUCAUCCACCUUCUACACUUCCUACGGAAUCCAUCUCAAGGAAACUCUUUAAUGCAGUUUCAAAACAACGCAAACCACGUUCAUUGAACACAUCCUCAUCUAAUCUAAGUUAUGCAAGUAGUUCAGAGUCUGCAAGUUAUGGUGCACCUUUACGACAGACUCGUUCGGUUGAAUCGUCUUAUAGUAUCAGUGCAAGAAGUUCGGCAAGUGAUUCGAUGCCGAGUUGUCUUCGAAACCCGAUCUUGAGAAGAACUAAAUCCAAGGAAGAACCUUUGGAACAAAGACCACGUAGAAGAGCCCAGUAUCCACCAGUUGCUCAACGUAAAGUUCAUAUGGGAGGAAGUCGAGGUGGAGCAGGAAGGGUGUCGAUAAUUGAAGAACCUGCGUUUGACGAAUGGGGUGUAGCUGGUGGAUCGGUCAAAGGAAGAGCCACAGGUACUUCAACAAGUGCUAGUUCAGUUUCCGAUUUCGGUUCGGUUCGUUCAGCUAUCGUUGCUGAUGAUGAUGGAAGUGGGAUGGCAUGGUUAAGGAAAAGAAGACAAGAACGUGAAGAGAAAGCUCGUCGAGAAUCAGAUGCUAAAGUAGGAACUGGGGAUGAGUCUACGACUCCUACGACUUCUGCUUCUCAUAAUAUCACGCAUCAACAAUUGGCUUCUGUACCAACCGAAAGAAAUGAAGAACAAGAAAUCUUACAACCUUCUGUUACACCUCAAGCUGUGACUCUUCCACCGAUUAACACCUCAAAUGCAGAACUUUCAGAAUCGUCUGCAUCAGCUCCAACCAGCAAAAGUUCAGCCGUCACCAGCACAGGCUCAAACACAACCGAUGGUGUUGAAGCUAUCCGAACAAAAGAAGAAGAAGAAGAGGAAGAACAGGAAGAAGAAGAAGAAGACGAAACCGAACAAGUCCUUGACGAAGAAGAAGAAGAAGAAGAAGAAGAAGACGAUGAAGAAGAGAUCAGAAAAGAAGACUUGUUACAAGCUAAGGUCUUAGCUGAAUCACCUUUUGUAAAAGGAGUUAAAGAAGUUUAUAAAGACUAA